AUGGCCCAUUACAACAAUGACAUUUGCGGAGGCCAUUCUUUGCGUGUUAUCAUUCGCGAGGACCCUCAAGAGGCGUCGGUGUAUAUCGCCGACUACAUUGUCAGCCGCAUCAAGGCUUUCAACCCUACCGAAGCUCACCCCUUCGUCCUGGGCCUUCCUACCGGCAGCAGCCCCGAGAUCAUCUACAAGAUCCUCGUGCAGCGCCACCGCGCCGGCGAGAUCUCUUUCAAGAAUGUCGUCACCUUCAACAUGGUAUGUACCCCAUCGCCACCGCGGGCACCUCGGCAUCCCAAAAUACUCAAUAUCCUAACAACUAUACAGGAUGAAUACGUGGGCCUACCUCGCGACCACCCGGAAUCCUACCACAGCUUCAUGUACAAGCACUUCUUCUCUCACGUCGACAUCCCACCCCAAAACAUCCACAUCCUAAACGGCAACGCGGAAGACCUGACCGCCGAAUGCGCCGCAUUCGACGCCAGCAUCGCCCGACACGGCGGAAUCGAGCUAUUCCUCGGCGGCGUCGGACCAGACGGGCACAUCGCCUUCAACGAACCCGGUUCCUCCCUCGCCAGCCGCACGCGCGUCAAGACCCUAGCCUACGACACCAUCCUAGCCAACUCGCGCUUCUUCGACAACGACGUGAACAAAGUCCCCCGAAUGGCAAUGACAGUCGGUAUCCAGACAAUCAUGGACAGCCGCGAAGUCGUCAUCGUCGCAACAGGAGCCCACAAAGCCUUCGCCCUCCAAAAGGGUCUUGAAGACGGCGUAAAUCAUAUGUGGACACUUUCCGCACUCCAGUUACACCCUCACCCAUUGGUUGUUUGCGAUCGGGACGCCACGCUUGAACUUAAGGUCAAGACGGUGCGAUACUUUGAAUCGAUUGAGUCGGCUGGUACGGAUGCGAGAACUCAGGGGCCAGCGCUGGUCUAUCGUCCUCGUACUUAUAUGCCUGCGCCUAUUGUUACGAAGAGGACUGCGGCUCCGCCGCGUCAGCAACCUACUCCUGACCGUACACCUGUGAAGGUUCCUAAGGAUUUGCGGAUUAAUACGGAGCUCCAUAAGACUAUGGAGGAUGAUGAGCUUACGCCUGAUAGUAUGUCUUCGCGAAUGGUUGACUCGGCUAUUGGGGGGUUGGAUGGUGCGCUUAAGAAUGACUUGAUCUUUGAUCGGAUGGGUGCUCGUAUGACUGCUCAGUGA